AUGACGCUUCCAGAUAAGAACCUACAAGUGAAAAAAUCCGACGCCGGUCACGCGAGACUAAUGAGCGAGCUUGGCCGUCGAUAUAAGCGCACCAUGCUCGCUUCUCUCACGGGCACAUGCAGCGACAAGAAUGUCGUCCUGCGCAAGGAGUGGCAUGCACUAUCCGCAGGCCAGCGACGGGAUUACAUCAAGGCUGUUGGAUGCCUGCAAUCAAAACCAGCCACGGCUCCUGCUGGGCCUGCUCGAACUCGAUUUGAACAAUUCGUCCUAGCCCACGCCGACCAGAGCCUGCUGAUUCACUUCUCUGGCUUGUUGCUGCCCUGGCAUCGAUACUUCCUCUCUCUAUACGAGAAGGCCUUGCGCGACGAGUGCGGCUACCAGGGCCAUCAGCCGUACUGGGACUGGUGCAGGUCAGCGGCCGAUCCAUUGAAUGCCUCCAUCUUCGACGGAACAGACACCUCCCUAGGCAGCAAUGGCAAAGCAAUACCUCACGCCGGCAUCAACCUAACGAACCCAGUCGGCCCGCCCCCCGUGUCCUUUUUCCUACGGCCCGCGGGUUCGGGUGGCGGUUGUGUGUCGGGGCCGUUUGAAAACCUGACUCUGCAUCUCGAAGGCAGCAACGCCGGCGCCAGCACUCCGUUGAAGCUGCGUGACCGUCCCCGGUGCCUCACACGCGACUUCUCCUGGCCCAUUCUCGAUGAAAGCAACUCGUACCCAAGAGUCCUAGACUUGAUUAUCAACAGCAGCGAUAUUCACAGCUUCCUGUCGGCCGUGGAAGCGCCAGAUGGCGUACACCCCGGCGGGCACUCGUUUAUCGGGGGCGACAGCCUGAAUCUAUUCACAUCACCGAAUGAGCCCCUCUUCUACCUGCAUCAUGCUAUGCUGGACCGGGUUUGGGCCAUUUGGCAGAGUAGAGAUUGGUCGGCGAGGCAGAACGCUCUUGAUGGGACGCUUACCGCAAAGAAUUACCCCCCGAGCGCCAAUGCUACUGUUGAUGACGACAUGAUGGUGGGCGAUUUGGGCGAAUCUCGGCGAAUAGGCGAGGUCAUGUCGACGGUGGGUGGUUAUUUGUGCUAUGUCUAUGAUUGA